CCCACCCCGCAGAAUCAAAUGCUGUUUUCUUUUCCCUGCCUUGGUGAAGGGGUCAUGCCGGACGGGACCGUCAGUGCGGCUCGCCACGAGACUCACACCCCCCUCCCCUCGACCAGUCGGGUAUCAUUGCCCUUGGAGCUGGCCGACCAGUAUUAACGUGCUACGUGAGGACGGCGUUACGCGUUAGCGGCGGAGCCACGCCAGCCUUACAUGCGCUGUUCACUUCCGCAGCAUGCCAACCGCCUCUGUGUUACCUGUCCACGCGGCGGCGAGUGAGUGAGUGCGCAAGUGACCCAAGUGAGUGGAGCGACUGGGUGAGUGAAUGAGUGACUGAGUGACUGAGUGAGUGACUGACUGAGCGAUGCGUUGAUACUUGACGCUAGCACCGCACAAGCACGGGGAAACGACCAACGAUUCUGCCGGGUCUCGCCCCUCAAUGUCGGGUACGGGAAGUGUUGUUAUGAUUGCGACCCAUUCUUGCCCGUCCAAGCCGUGCAGGGAAGGGUCCCUGGGAGGAUGGUGUGUAAGGGUAUGUAUCUGAGGGUGUGAGAGUUGGGCCAAGAACCCUCGUUGACUCACGCCCCCCUCUCCUCCCCUCCUCUCCUCCUCCCCUCCUCCGCACGUGGCGUUCGUUUAUCUGAGCCUCCGUGGUGGCCACAAGGGACUCGAGAAGAAGGUUCAAGCAGCCAAGGGGUGAGGACCAGGAGUAAGAGGCGAAGGAGGAGAAGGAGGCGGAGGGGGGCAUGGCCACCCUGGCCUCGCUGGACAGAUAUAUCAAGCCUCCUCCCCUUCGCACCACUUCCCAAUCUGAGAUAGGUUCGCUAACUCCAGCGAAACAAUAUCUCAACUUGUACAAGAACAAAUCGAGUACUUCCUUUACAUCGUCCAGCCCCAAUUUCAGGACGACACACAUCCACUCAGCCAAACAUCACACACUUACUUGUUAUUCACCAAACCACCACACCCAAGAGAAAGACCACACUUCCUUCACAACAACAACAACAACAUAAAUCUCAGCACAAGAUGCUGUGCAUCCUCCCCGACGAGCUCCUGCUCAUCACGGGCGUCACCGGCCACGUCGGUUUCGCCGUCCUUAUCCACGCCCUGCGGGCCGGCCACACCGUCCGCUGCGCCGUCCGCUCCGAGGCCAAGGCGGCCUUCAUCCGCUCGCGCCCCCAAAUCAAGGCCCUCGACCUGCCACGCGCGCGGCUCAACUUCGCCAUCGUCCCGGACAUCACGACUGACGGCGCCUACGACGAGGCCAUCCGCGGCGUCUCCUCCGUCAUCCACGUCGCCUCGCCCCUCGCCACCGCCGACUCGGUGCCCCGCGAGCUGCACCAGGAGUACUUCAUCCAGCCCGCCGUCCGCGGCACGCUCGGCAUGCUCGAGGCCGCCCGGCGCGCCGGCACCGUCCGCCGCGUCGUCAUCACGAGCUCCAUCGUCGCCCUCGCCUCGGUGGACCAGCUGGAGGGCCGCGAGCGCCGGCAGACGGCCGUCCAGCCGACAGAGCGCGCCGGGUUCCGUCCCGAGCCGUACGAGAGCGAGUUCGCCGCCUACGCCGCCUCCAAGGUCGCCGCGCUCAAGGGCGCCGAGGCCUGGAUCGCGCGCGAGCGGCCCGCGUUCGAGGUCGUCCACCUGCACCCGUCCUUCGUCAUCGGCCGCAACGACAUCGCCACGACGACGACCGAGGCCAUGCGCGGCACCAACGCCGUCAUCCUCGCGACGCUGCGCGGUAAGAAGAUGGGCUGCAACUACGCCGGCGCGACGGUCCACGUCGACGACGUCGCGCGCGCCCACGUCCAGGCCCUGACGCCCGCGGUGCCCGGCAACCGCAGCUACAUCCUCAGCACGAGGGCGCGGUGGAACGACGCGAAGCUCAUAGCCAAGAGGGGCUUCCCCGAGGCCGUCGAGCGCAAGCUCAUCUGCAGCAGCGGCUCCGUCGGCACCGUCAACAUCGAGUUCGACGCCUCCGAGACGGAGCGCGUCUUCGGCUUCCGCCUCCAGGGGUUCGAGGAGCAGGUCCGCAGCGUCGUCGCCCAUUACGUCGAGCUGCGCCUGAGACGCCCGGCUCUGUCUUCCAUGGGCUCGUCCAUGGCGAUGAACCAGCCUCUGAGACCCGAGAUUGCGGCGGUGUAGAGGCCCUUUUUUCCCCCUCUACUCCGUUGUCUGCUUAUUUACCACUUCUUCUUUUUCUUCAACGACCACUUCAUGGCCUUUUUUUCCUCCUUUUUUUUCUUCUCCAAUAACGACGCUUAUGACAACAUUCUUCACGACUUUUUCAAGGGGUCACGGAUGCAUAGGGAGGACGGAGAUCAUGGAAAGAUCAGAGAGAGACACUUUUCACAUCAAACACAUCACGUUGCGGAGGAAAGAUGAGACGCCAGCCAUUUCGAUUCUAUAGGGAUACCCAGCGGACGAUAGAAAACCCGCCAAUUUUCUUCUUCACUUUAGUGUAUAUACUUAACAACAAAAACCAAAGAACAAUGAACAUAGUAGAACCAAC